AGGUUCAAAGUCAGAAAAUGAGAUACAAGACUUCCUUGGUGAUGAGGAAAAGAUUACGGCUUUACCGAAACUCCCUGAAAGAGUCUAGUAGCAGCUCCGGACACCAUGGCCCCCAGCUUGCUGCCGCCUCCAGCCCCUCGGUGUUCCAGGGCCUUCAAGAGCAGCCGCCCCAGGCCUCCCCCAGCGGCACUUUGAACGGACUCCUGCGUCUGGGGUUCCCUGGAGACAUGUACGCGCGACCCGAGCCCUUUGCGCCAGGGCCGGUGGCCCGCAGCGACGCCCUGGCAGCUGCCGCAGCCCUGCACGGCUAUGGGGGCAUGAACCUGACCGUGAACCUCGCCGCGCCCCACGGUCCCGGCGCCUUCUUCCGCUACAUGCGCCAGCCGAUCAAACAGGAGCUCAUCUGCAAGUGGCUGGCAGCGGAUAGCCCCGCGCCCCCGCGCCUCUGCUCCAAAACUUUCAGCACCAUGCACGAGCUGGUCACGCACGUCACGGUGGAACACGUCGGCGGCCCGGAGCAGGCCAACCACAUCUGCUUCUGGGAGGAGUGUCCGCGCCAGGGCAAGCCCUUUAAAGCCAAAUACAAACUUGUAAAUCACAUCCGCGUGCACACGGGCGAGAAACCCUUCCCCUGUCCUUUCCCGGGGUGUGGGAAGGUCUUUGCUAGAUCAGAAAAUCUCAAAAUACACAAAAGAACUCACACAGGGGAGAAGCCCUUCAGGUGCGAGUUCGAGGGCUGCGAGCGGCGCUUCGCCAACAGCAGCGACCGCAAGAAGCACUCGCACGUGCACACGAGCGACAAGCCAUACACGUGCAAAGUGCGCGGCUGCGACAAGUGCUACACGCACCCCAGCUCUCUGCGUAAGCACAUGAAGGUGCACGGGCGCUCACCGCCGCCGCCUAGCUCUGGCUACGACUCGGCCACGCCGUCUGCCCUCGUGUCGCCCUCGUCAGACUUCGGCCGCGAGCCCCCGGUGGCCUCCUCGGCGGCGGCGGUGGCGCGUGGCGCCGAACUGAGCGAAUGGUACGUGUGUCAGGGCGCCGGCCCCGCCGCAGCUGCCCCCGGCGCGCCCCCAAGCCCCCAGCCACCACCUGGCCCAGUCGCCGCCACCGCCUCCGGUAUUAGGGCUGCUGCUGUGGUUGCCGCUUCUGGUACACGGACUGCUAGUCUCGGCGGGGUUAUUGAGGCUUGA